AUGCCUGGAAAGCUUCAGCAUAGAAAAAUGUGUCAUUACACCUGAACCAUUCUAGGACAGUCUGCUUCACUUUAAAGAUUCAUGUCUUGUGCAAUUUCAUGACAGGUUAUGCAUUGAUUAUCCAAAAAUGUAUCACAGGAAUGACUGCUGUGGGCUUUGAACCACCAUGGUGGGGAUUGUCAUUGAUGGAUGUACGGCCAUCUUUGAAACAUUUACACCAUUCAAACGUCUUACUGCGGCUGAGCGUCUCAUCACCGUACUGUGCUUGAGUCUUCUGUAGAUAUCCAUUGGUUUUACACUUUUGUUCACAAGAAACGUCAUCACCACACGCUGUUCCAUGCACGCACUAACACU